GAUCACUGAUAUGGGUGGUUAUAUUAGUCCGGAAGAUCUUGCCUACGAAUUCAAAAUUUUGUUUUGUUUUGAAUAUUUAACACUUUUUUAAUAUUAACCUUUCUGGAACAACGAAGACGUGUUAUUAAAAUUUUCAUAAGUGCGUAACGUUAGUGAUGACCGUUGUUGAAAUAGUCGAUUCUUUGGUACUACUACUGUGAUGGACCAAUGAGGUUAUAAUUCCUUGACCUCCUACUUAUAUUGCUAUACAUAAAUAUUGCAAGUUUUUGUUAAUUGCCGCAAUACUUAUAAAUCGUGUUUUCACGCUAUGGUGACCCACUGUACCGGAAUAACGAGAACAAAAGUUAAAACAGCUCAAAAUUCGCUCAUCCUCGUUGGCGUUGAAAACAUCGACUUCGUAUGGUCUUGACCAGAAUACACGCUGCCUGACACGCUGACGUGCGCCUCCACAAAGCCAUAUUUAUACAUCAGUACAUCUGCAAGUACCCUCAAUUAUUCGAGCUUCGUUGUGCGCCAUCGCUUUAGUUGUCAGUUGAUUGCCAGUAGUAGAAUCGUGUGGAUGUAUCAAUUGAGCGCGCGCCAGCGAAACGAUAUUGAGCAACAGUAAAGAGUAAAUCUGUGUUUUCAUUCAAAACAAAAUAAAACUAGAAGCAGAGAGCGUGCGGUUGGUACCCCGAUGUCGGUUGAAUAGCGACGCGACGCGACGUGACGCAGUAAUAGUUAAGAAGAGGAGCAAUCCAAAAGAUAGUUCACUUUGUGACCCUAAAUUUAUCACAUACAUACAUAAAUACAUAUGUAAGUAGGGAAGCCAUUCGAAGUAAAUCGCUGAAGACCAGCCUAAGCGUAUAGGCUGUUAAUGAAAACCUAAAUUAUGCAUUAGCUGUUGGUGCGGUGAGGUGCGUUGCUGUGCGGUUUAUUGUGGUUGGUGUGACUGUAAUCGCGGUGUCACCGGCUAAGGUGUGCUGCAACGCUUUGUGUCGCGUUUGGUUUCAUGGGUGUGUGCUGACAUGAAUAACUGUGUUUUCGGUCGUGUUUGUUUGCUUAGCCUCCAGGAGCUGUGCCACCACGUCUUAUUAUGUUUUUUUGUGGUUUUGCCUCUGACGCACACUACUCGCGGAAGAGAGGAAAGAACAUGGCUGACACAUCAACUGUGCAUGUGUUUUGUUUGUUCAAUAUGUUUUGAUUUGGUCUAUUAUUAUUAUUUUUUUAUGGAUACAAAUAUCGAUUUUGUGUGACAUAUAAAAUAAACUUUCUUGUGUGACAGUGAUUCCAAUCGUUUCUGUUUAGAUUUGUUGUAAUUUAGUGUGAAAAAGUGUUGGUGAAACAAAACAACCGAAAGAUAUACAAAAAAUUUCAAAUUAACCCCGAACGUGCGCGCAUGAACAGGAAUAGUAUUAAAAACUAAUAUAUUUUGAAAACGAAAAAAAAACAUACGAAAUUGCCUAGCUACUUGUAUAGUUGUGAUAUAACGGUUGUUACUUAGCGAAGUGGCUGUGCAGAACUCGAGUGUACAUAAUUGAUAUUUGCCUUCGAAAUAUAGAAACGCGAAAUAGUCGUUAGCAAAAUGACGAAGGUUGAACUUUACAAAUCGCGUGUGUUUGUCACCAUAAUUCAUCUGUUUGCUCUGGGCCAAUUUGCGUAUGGCCUCUUUUAUAAUAAAUUUGAGAUACAGCGCAGCGCAAAGCUGGAAAUGUCGCCAAGCCGACGAUUAGUGCCAGAAGGUUUUGGGCAGAAAGUGAAGUUUUUCACCUUUUGGAAUUUGAUCAUCCAAACAAUCUACUACGUUAUAUCACUAAUAAAUGAUUUUUUGGGAACCAACGAAGUGGCGCCAAAACACACACCCACUAUACGCAAAGUUAAAGACUAUCUAAUGUCAGCUUUAGCCUUCCCAGUGGCGUUGAACGUGGGCAUCACAUUUUGGACACUAUAUGCCAUAGACCGCGAAUUAGUCUUACCCCGUGUGUUGGAUCCAGUGUUUCCAAGUUGGCUCAAUCAUGUUUUGCACACCAAUGUCGUGGUAUUUAUGAUACUGGAACUUUUCACUUCAUUCCGCGCUUAUCCGAAACGCAGCACGGGCUUAGCCGGCCUCUCAGCAUUCAUAGUCAGCUAUCUAAUUUGGUUGCAUGUUGUCAAAUAUUAUUCCGGCUUUUGGGUCUAUCCGGUUCUUGAGGUGCUGCUGCUACCGCAACGCAUUGUCUUCUUUGUUGCUGUAAUCACAAUUACAUUAUGUUUGUAUCUGUUUGGCGAAUUCAUGAAUAACAUUGUUUGGGAAAAAGAACUGAAGCUGGCGCAACGCAAAGUCAAAUAAAUAACGCUUGAACGCGGAUAUUUCGUAAAAUAUUAUAUUUGAACGCUUUGAUUCGAUCUGAGCUGCCAUAUCUACACAUGAGCAGUCGUAAAACAACUGGAGUAGAGAAAAUCCAUUUAGAAAAGAUAAAGAAAACAAAAUUCUUAUGAUAUUUUAAACUUAAAGCUUUGCAUGAAUAUUUCUAAAAAUGUAUUUAGUAUAUGCUGGUUUGUAUGUAACCAAAAAAAUAACAAAAACAAUUCUUACCAAAAUAAAUUAUAUUGUAUGUAGUCAA